AUGAGGGCCUUCUUUCCCCUUCUAGCCCUGAGCUCUGUAGCUCAGGCGCUCUACUUCUACAUCGACGGCACGACGCCCAAGUGCUUCUUCGAGGAGCUUCCCAAGGACACUUUGGUGGUGGGCCACUACACAGCUGAGGAGUGGGAUGAUCACAGGCAAGCGUGGUGGAAGCAUGAUGGAAUCAGCAUUUACAUCUCAGUCGAUGAAGUUUUCGAUAACGACCAUCGCGUUGUCUCCCAGCGAGGCUCGUCUGCAGGGCGCUUCACCUUCACGGCCGCCGAGGCAGGCGACCACAAGAUCUGCUUCACCCCAUCCUCGAAUAGCGGCAAGAGCAACUGGCUCAGCGUGUUGAGCCCUAACGGUGGCAUCAAAUUAAGCCUGGACCUGGCAAUUGGCGAGACAAGUGCGAUUGAAAGCUCCGACAAGGACAAGUUGGAGGACAUCCAGUCGAGAAUCAAGGAUUUGAACAUGCGCCUACAGGAUAUCCGAAGGGAACAGGUGUUCCAAAGAGAGCGGGAAGCAGAGUUCAGAGACCAGUCCGAGUCCACCAACGCCCGUGUUAUACGAUGGAUAAUCAUCCAACUGGUUGUCCUUGGUGCGACCUGCGCGUGGCAACUCUCCCAUCUGCGGUCAUUCUUCAUCAAGCAGAAGCUUACCUAG